AUGACCCUGUCCUGGAUCCCCGAGGGCAAUGGUCGUGUUCCCCGAAACCCGAUUGACGCGGGUAAUGGUGUGCUGGUCGUACGCGCACGACAUGCUGAAGAAGUUUUACCCGGUAAAUUGGUCCCUGGACAAGUGGUAGCACAUGUGCCCUAUGGUGGACAGGAAUUCCCCGUGGACGAGUAUGAGGUGCUCUGUGAGACCGGAAUCAAGUGUGGAAAAUGCUACGAAUGGGUACCUGCACAACACGGCCAAGUUCCUCAAUACGCUGUGGUCGCCUCGCGGGCCAGUGACAAUGCGCCACUUUACGUGGCUCGCACUCAGAUGGAAGGAGAUACCGUAGUUGGAAAAGUACACGAAGGUCACACAUCGGCAUAUUUCCCAUUUGGCGGUAAAGAAGUACCACGUGAACAGUACGAAGUGCUGGUUUGGAAGAUGAACUAA